GGCAAUUGAUUGUCGAUAACCGGACCAAUAGUUUCCGAGUUAUGGAUGAAAAUGCCCAACUGAUCCGCGACCGAUGGCCACCGUUGCCCAACGAUAUCGAUAUAGCCUUUACAGUGGAACAGUCGACUGUCCAGGGAAAUCCGUUAGCAGGACAUACCGUUUUCGUUAAGAACCAGACAUACUAUGAGUUUGAUAAUCGCCAAUUCAUUAGUUCCGGUGAUAUUAGUUUCUGGGAAAUGGGAAGACCAGCCGAUCAAUGGAAAUAUGUUAUAACAUUUCGUGACACUAAUCUAGUAUUGAUCAACGUUUGGGAUCCAUUUCGUAAAGAUAAUAAAGGCCAUACACUGUAUUUUGAUCAUAAUAGAUUUCCCGAAACUUUGAGCCAUUUUGACGCUAAUAUCGACUCAAGGGUUCCGUGGCAUCACUUAAGACAGUUGUUCCCAAUGCCCGGCAGUGAUGAUAAAUAUGUGGCACUGCUUAGGACUCAUGGACAGGGAUUUUACUGUAUUAUGAAUGAUUUGUUUGAUAAUUGCAACUAUCGGCCAAUACAUGAAGUGUUCAAUUGUUCGGCUCAGGUAUUGCUGACCAAACAAAACAAUUGGAUUUAUUGGGUUUGGCUUAAAACCAGGUUAAACAUGAAUGAACUACUAAUGGUUAUGAGCGGUGCUAUUUUGGCCACUGUUCUCGUUAUUGUUUUGAUAGCUAUUGUCUCAACUAUCAGAUUCAUUCAAUUGUCAUAA